AUGACUUCCCAAGAGGUACGCCUUUGCGGUCUUCUGCUGCGGGAGCACUUUGGGGAAGUUGUGGAGAAAGUAGGAACCAAUCUACUCAAAGGUGGAACGCAAACUCUGAGAAACAUCGUUCAAGAAACUGGAAUAUCUGUGGAUUUGGUAAAAAAGUCCCUCUGUGUGCUCAUGCAGCACGGAACAUGUGUAUUCAGCCCGGGCCGUAAAGGACGCGGCAGCCCCACCGAGUACCAAUGCAGCUCAAAUCUCAUUCUGAAGAUCCUCCGCUACCCACGCUACAUCUACACCGCUAAGACACUGUACGGCGACACUGGAGAGCUCAUCAUUGAAGAAUUGCUGCAAAGGGGUCACGUGUCCAUGAGCAACAUUGUUAAAGUAGUGGCCGAUCGUCUCACGCAGAAUAUGGAGGAGGGCCAUAGCAUGAAUUAUAAAGAUGUGUCAGCUGCCUUUUCCAAAUUGGUGGAGACUCAUUUUAUUCAACGCUGUCCUCCAAUGGCAAGCGCCACAACCAUAGCCAAUCCAUCAACAGCUGAAGCUCCUGCUAGCACUGCACCGGCUCCAGAGAGCUUCCCCAACUGCUACACCGUGCCAAAUGUUACUCUCAUAGGACAAGGAAAGAGGCAACUUGAGGACCCUGAGGAGCAAAGUGUUGCAAAGAAGGCCAGGAUGGACACAGAGACUCAUGGUGAUGAGGGGAUUUACUGGCAGGUGAACUUCGACAGAUUUCAUCUCCAUUUCCGAGACCAAGCAAUUGUCAGCGCCGUGUCCAGCAAGCUGGACCAGACCAGCGGUGAGAUCGUAAGGACCAUGCUGAGGAUGAGCGAGGUGACCACUCAGCCCAAGGCUGCCCACACGAAGCCCCUCUCGGCUAACGAGAUCUUCAGAUCCCUGCCAACUGCCUACAACAUCCCCAGACAAGUGCUAGACCAAUACCUCACGCUGCUGGUGGAUGACCCGAUGGAGUUCGUGAGCAAAGCUGGCGAGAGUGGAGGCGGGAUGUAUUCUGUCAAUUUGCAGCGAGCACUUGCCAAUCUAGCACGGGCAACGUUAGAGUCUGUAGUCCAGGAAAGAUUUGGAUCUCGAUCGGCACGCAUCUUCCGUCUUUUACUCAAGAAGAAACAUCUUGAACAGAAGCAGGUGGAGGACUUUGCCAUGAUUCCCGCCAAGGAAGCUAAAGAUAUGCUCUACACUCUUCUCUCCCAGAACCUGGUCCAACUGCAGGAAAUCCCCAAAACUCCUGACUUUGCCCCUUCACGCACCUUUUAUCUUUACACCGUCAACCAGCUUUCCACUUCGAGAAUGUUGCUCCAGAACUGCUUCAAGACAGUAGCAAACCUUAUACACAGACGUCUAUUCGAGACAACAAAUAGCAAGCGUCUGCUGGAAAAGUCCCAGCGGAUCGAGGCCAUUCUAGCAUCCCUGCAGGCCGGUGGGGCAGAGCCGGAGCAGCUGACAGAGGUGGAGGAGAUGAUCACGGCUCCCGAAAAGCAACAAUUGGAGUCUCUGCGGCUUCAUAUCAACAAGUUGGAUUCAGCGGAGAACCAAGUGGAUGAAACCAUCUUUCUACUAGAAUCUUACAUCCAAUCCACAGCAUCCACAGUUUAG